CCUCUAGACUCAGUGCAGUCGAAAUACUCCUGCACAACCUUUUCCUGCGCGUUAUCUCUUUAUUUUUCCUUUCCUCGUACUUCAUCAAUGUCAGAUGAGUACCCGAGCUUGUUCCGCUCGGAACAAAUGAGCCUGGUGCAGCUCUUUGUACCCACUGAAGUAGCCCAUGAUACCGUCGCCGAGCUAGGAGAACUGGGAAAUGUCCAAUUCAAAGACUUGAACCCCAGCGUCAAUCCUUUCCAACGUUCGUUUGUCGGGGAAAUUCGCCGCAUAGAUGAAAUGGCACGUCGAGUACGAUUUUUCUCUUCCCAGCUCGCAGCCGAGAAGGAUGUCGUUCCUAUUCGUCCCCUAUACGACUCUGCGCCGUUGAUUACCGUUGGUCCCCGUGCUGCUCAGACUCUGGACGACCUGGAUGUAACCCUCACCGAACACGAGUCAAGGCUCAUCAAGAUGAAUGACAGCUACCGAACGCUGAGCACACGGACGAAGGAGCUCAUUGAGGCUCGUCAUGUAUUGCGGGAGACGGCGGUGUUCUUUGAAAAGGCUCAAGUCCAGCAAAGUGACAUCCGCACCUCCUUCGACGAAAGUUCGGCUCCUUUGCUUCAGCACGACGAUCGAGAAAAUCAGUUCUCGACCAGUUCCAACAUCCCGUUCGACUUGGAGUUUGUCACUGGCACACUUGAUCGUGCACGGAUUCCCACAUUCGAACGAGUUCUAUGGCGAGUACUUCGUGGAAACCUGUACAUGAACCACACCGAUAUCGUUGAACCGUUUGUGGACCCUGCAACUGGCGUUGAAACUCGCAAGAACGUAUUCAUUAUUUUUGCUCAUGGAGAUGCCUUGUUAGCCAAAAUACGCAAGGUCGCCGAGUCUAUGGGUGCCACGCUGUACCCCAUUGAUGCCAACGCUGACAAGCGCGCUGAGGCUCUCCGGGAGGUCACCGUGCGUCUGGAGGACCUUCAGACAGUUCUGUACAAUACCGGCUCGAAUCGCCGAAGUGAACUCGUCAGGAUUGGCGAAAGUCUGCGGAGCUGGCAGGACGUAGUCAAAAAGGAGAAGCUCAUCUAUGAAACAUUGAAUUUGUUCAACUACGACGUCAGGAGGAAAACGCUCAUUGCGGAAGGAUGGGUGCCUACGAGGGAUAUCACCACAAUCCAGCUGGCGUUAAGGCAUGCAACUGAGGAGUCUGGCACCAGCGUCCCGCCUAUCCUUCAUGAGCUUCGUACUAGCAAGACGCCACCAACUUUCAACCGCACUAACAAGUUUACGGAAGGCUUCCAAACCAUUAUGGACAGUUAUGGAAUUGCUGCCUAUCAAGAAGUUAACCCAGGCUUGUUCGCCGUUGUUACUUUCCCCUUCUUGUUCGCGGUCAUGUUUGGUGAUAUCGGUCACGGCUUCAUUAUCUUCUUUGCUGCGCUGUACAUGAUUUUGGCGGAGCGGAAGCUUAGCAAAGCGGACCUCGGAGAGAUUUUCGGACAAUUCUUCUUCGGGCGAUACAUCAUCCUUCUGAUGGGAAUGUUCUCAAUUUAUACUGGGUUUAUGUACAACGACAUCUUCUCCAAGUCCCUCCAUAUCUGGCGCUCGGGUUGGGACUUCCCAGAUGACGGAGAAGGUAAAAUCACCGGCGUGUCUAACGGACAUAUGUAUCCUUUCGGUCUCGAUCCUGGCUGGCACGGUGCAGACAACAACCUCGUGUUCGUCAAUUCCUACAAGAUGAAGAUGUCUGUUGUUCUCGGUGUCAUUCACAUGACGUUCGCACUGUGCUUGCAGCUGCCAAAUCAUUUCAAGUUUAAACGACUGGUCGACAUCUAUGCGAACUUUGUACCUCAAAUUAUCUUCCUACUCUCCAUCUUUGGUUACCUUGUCAUUUGUAUCCUGUACAAGUGGUCCGUUGAUUGGAGCAAGUCAUCAUUGCCGCCGCCCUCGCUCCUGAACAUGCUCAUUAACAUGUUUUUGUCACCGGGUAACAUCAAGCCAGGUACUCAGUUGUAUCACGGCCAGUCUGUUGUACAGGUCAUCCUAUUGCUCAUGGCAUUGGUGUGCGUUCCUUGGUUGCUCAUCACCAAGCCGUAUCUGGCCUGGAAGGAAAUGAAACAGAUCCAAGGUCAAGGUUAUGUUGGGUUGAACCACGAUGCGCCAAGAGAUAGCUCCGAUGAUAUUUUGGAAGGGGAGGAAGAAGGUAACGGACGGGCCAUCGCCGAAGAUGCUGAGGAAGAACACGAGCAACAUGACUUUGGUGAAGUUGUCAUUCACCAAGUGAUCCACACCAUUGAGUUCUGUCUCGGCUGCAUCUCGCAUACUGCUUCGUACUUGCGUUUGUGGGCAUUAUCGCUUGCGCAUGCGCAGUUAUCUGAGGUGCUCUGGGAGAUGACGAUCGAAGGCUUCUUGAACCCGAGCGGCAUCUUUGGUUGGAUUGGUCUCAUCAUCAUUGCGGCUAUGUGGUUCUCCUUGACCAUCUUCAUUCUGUGUAUCAUGGAGGGUUUGUCGGCGUUCCUUCAUGCCCUUCGGUUGCAUUGGGUAGAGGCGAACAGUAAGCACUUUGAAGGUGGAGGUUAUGCAUUUACUCCUCUCAGCUUUGCGAGUGUCGAAUUCAAGGAGUGAUCGUAGCUAACCCAUACCCUUUAAUACCUUACUGUCAAUCGAGUAUAGUUGUUCGUUCAUCCUUUUCAUACCGUUUGUGCUUUGCGAAUCAUCAUAG